AUGUAUACAAAAACGCCAAGAACGGCUGAUGUUAAGCUGUCAGCCAUGAUAAUUAAAAUGUCGGGGUUGACAAACACCACACUAGAAGGUGGAGGUAACCAAGGUGAUAACUUGGAGACGUCGCGUCCUUGCUCCAGCAGCGGCACCAAGCAGCCCCCGAGCAGUGCUCCUCAAAGUGGCCUGCGUUUUGCUGGCAAGCGACAGGUGGUCAUUCAAAACCUCGACCUGGCUCCGCUUCGUCUCGACGACCCGCCAGCCUCGUCUUCCUCCUCCAACGCCACCGCCACCGGCAAAACCUCAAACCCUUCGCGCGUUCGAUUGCCGCCGCUCUCCAACCUCGGCGCCAAUGACGGCGGCCCUGGCUUCGGCGCCGCACUUCUUCGCCACGAUCGCGCUGCAGUCAGCAAGUCGAAUGACCGAAUGAGCACUGGACCUGUAGAUCUUGCCGCUGCGCAGCGACAGUUGGAUGACCAGCAGCUGGACGAUAGCCAGCGCGAACGCAUAGAGGAGUUUCUGCGUUGCAAAAAGGACAUCCACGAACUCCACCCGGAGGACUUCACCAAGAUCUCGGAAUUGGGCUCGGGCAACUGGGGUGUCGUGAGUCGUGUGCGCUACAACCGCAGCUCCAUUAUCAUGGCCAAGAAGACCAUCCGAUUGGACAUUAAGCACGAAGUCGGCACGCAGAUCCUGCGCGAGCUGGAGAUUUUGCACGACUGCGCGUCGCCGUACAUAAUUGGCUUUUACGGUGCCUUCCUUGCCGAUGGCAAUAUCAACAUCUGCAUGGAGUACAUGGACGGUGGCAGUCUGGACAUGGUGCUUAAGCACGCUGGUCGCAUGCCCGAGCCCAUCGUAUCGCGCAUUCUCUACGCUGUCCUCUGCGGCCUCGAGUAUCUACGCAAACAGCUCAGUAUGAUCCACAGAGAUGUCAAGCCCUCCAACAUCCUGAUGCGUCGCAACGGCGAGAUAAAGUUGUGUGACUUCGGGGCGAGCGGCAAGCUCAUCGACUCGGUGGCGCACUCCUUUGUUGGCUCAAGGUCGUACAUGGCGCCGGAGCGCAUCUCGGGCCAGUCGUACAACACCUCUUCGGACGUCUGGAGUCUCGGUCUGACGCUGAUCGAGCUUGCCACCGGCCACUACCCAAUCCCCGCGAUUGAAAACGAGUCGCAGUACCACACCGGCUUCUCCGACGACCGACAGACCAAUCUGAAGGAGCACAUUUCUGCCGCCCGCGAGGGUCGAAAACUACCGCCUGUAACAACACCAGAGCAGGCUCCAUUGUCGAUCUUCGAGCUCCUGGUGUUGAUUGUGGAGCAGCCGCUGCCGAAGUUGCCACGGACCUGUUUCAGUGACGACUUCAUCGAUUUAGUCGCCUCCUGCCUGCGCACCGACAGCACCGAGCGACCCAGUCUGGAGACGCUUCAGCAGCACCCCUUCGUGACCACGGUCGCGGGUCUCCUGCCCGCCGGCGCCAAUCGACGCAGCAGCAUCCGCUUCCGCGACAGCGCCUUUCCGGACGCUGUUGCCGACUUCAACAUGGACGACAUAGCCUUCUAUCUGUCCCACAUCCUUCCUCCCCACGACGGCAUUGGCUAG